AUGGCUAUACGUUUCACCACCUACUCGGCUUCCAUGGCCACAAACCUCGCGGCCGCCUCCGGAAGGGGCGGCGCCUCGCGAUUCUUACACGAUUUCUCGACGCCAACGCGGAUUUUCCAGCACCCACCGUCGCAUAAACCUGCUCCGAGUUACUCUGACUUCCGCCGCCUUGGAUUGGCGACGGACCUCAACAAACCAACGCCGUUUUCUAAGGCGAUUCUGUCUGGGGAAAUUAUUGGAAGGAGGGGCCAAUCGCCUGUUUUUUUCGGGCUGCUUUCUCUGAUGAAGGAAUCGAUCGCGUCUUCUACACCCAAAUCGGUCGGCUUUGGGGUUUCUUCUGUUCAGGCGUCCUCGAUCUUUUCUUUCUUGCCUAGUUCUAACUGGUUGCCGUCUAAAGAACCCACAAGUACAGAGGUGGACAGGGGACGGGUGAUUUCUAGCGGCGAAAGUGUUUGCAAAGGAACUUUGAAGACUAAGAUUGGUUCUGAAGCGAUUACAAAAAGUGGUGGUGAGAGCAGUGUGAAGGUUCUGCAGCAAAAACUUGGUGUUAGUAAGUUUGAUAAUAGUUGGCUGUUGAAAAUGCUGAACUUCUGCUUUACCUCUGAAGACGCUAAGGCGGCUUUCACUGCCGUCAGUGUUGGCAUCCUUUUCAAAUCAUCUUUGGCGGAGCCGAAAUCGAUUCCCUCAAUGUCUAUGUACCCAACACUUAAUGUGGGUGAUAGAAUUCUGGCUGAGAAGGUUUCGUAUAUUUUCAGGAGUCCUGAAGUUUCAGACAUUGUGAUUUUCAAGUCUCCUUCAUUUCUUCAGGAAUUUGGAUUUAGCUUAUCCGAGGUGUUCAUCAAAAGAGUAGUAGCAAAGGCUGGUGAUUGUGUUGAAGUUCGUAGUGGAAAAUUGAUUGUCAAUGAUGUAGCUCAAGAUGAGAGUUUCAUCUUGGAGCCAAUAAAGUAUGAAAUGGACCGGACGUUUAUACCAGAGGACUGUGUGUUUGUGCUGGGAGACAACCGGAACAACAGUUUUGACUCUCACAACUGGGGCCCACUGCCUGUUGAGAACAUCGUUGGUAGAUCUCUCUUCCGCUACUGGCCACCAUCAAAAGAAUCCGACAGUCUCCAAAAUCAGCCCCAGCAGUGGGGUUCUGUUGCAUUUUCGUGA